GUACUCAGUGUAAUCAGAGCACUGUGUUUUACGGGCCUUCAGUGAAGACAUUUGUUCAUUUCCUGUUAUGACUAUAUAAAACAGCCCACUGUGCGGAAAGACAUUUAGUGUUACCGCUGUAGCCGUAAUGACAGCUCUGACUAUAACUUUGUGUUUUACUGCCAUUCUGGCUUCCUCCUGUCUUCUAGGUUCAGCCCCUGAGCGAGAGAAUGGUUUUGUCAAGGUGAAAAAGGGGGACAGUUUGACGAUGGAGUGCACCACAACAGACACUAAAUUCGAUAACCUUGAACUACUUGCAAGAAUCCCAAACAAGCAUGUAGUGAUGGUCUUUGACAAGAAUACUGACUCUAAGAAUCUCGGUAUGGAGUACAGUGGAAGAGUGACAAGCAGUGGCACCAUCGAUAAACUAUCUAUCACAAUCAGUAACCUGCAGCUGAAUGAGUCUGGCCUCUACAUAGGCAUUUAUAGUAAAUAUGACUUAGGACAACAGCAAAUUGUGAAAGAAGAAGGCUGCAGUGUUCUACUGUUUGUAAAUGAUGUGGAUAAGACAUCACCCCCUGAAAAAUCAACAGGAAAAGGGGCAUUUACUCUGUCUGAGCCACUGAUACUCAUCUUUGCCCUGACAGCAUGUACUAUGGUUAUUGUGUUUUUCCUGGUGAUGUGGGUUUUAGCUCCAAAGGUGAAGGCUUUGUGUGUGACCCGAGCAGAUGACACACCGAGGGAAUAUAUCCCUGUCUAUGAGGAUAUGCACCGUGUGCGAAAAUAAAUCAAAUAUUUAUUCUCUCUUUUCUCUGACAAAAACGGAUGUAUAUACAGUAUAUCUAUUUCUCUCUCUCUCUCUCUCUCUCUCUCUCUCUCUCUCUCUCUCUCUCUAUACAUACACACAUUAUAUCAAUAUAUAUAUAUAUAUUUUAUCUGAACUUAUCUUAAGGUGUAAAGUAUUUGUAUACUAUAGCAUUAUGUUUCUGUGUUGUCAUUGUAAUUGUACUAACUGAAAUAAAAUAUAUUUUGUUAA